AUGAACAUCGGAGUUAUGGAGAUAGUGCCGGAGUUAGUGGCCGAUUCCAAACUGGACACAAUCUUCAAGAAAGGUUUCACGAUCCAUCAUGUUCGGACGCCGGAUACGACUCCUCUUCUCGGAAAGAAUAAAAAGAAGCAGAAGUGGGAGCAGUCCAAAGAACUUGGUCGGGGAUCGUUCGGGACUGUUUGGCUGCAAAAGCUGGUAGGAGGCGGCGACAAAGACACAGACAAACGAGCCGUCAAGCAAAUUGAGAAGAGGUCUGCAGUCGACUACAGUCAUGAGCUGGAUGCGAUAGCGAAAUUCUCUCAGGACAAGUUCAACUAUUCGUUCGUCAAGUCGCUUGGAUGGUACGAAGAUGACAAACACGUAUACAUCUCGAUGGAAUAUCUUCCCCACGGCGAUCUAAGCCGCCAUUUUGACGAGUUUGGCCCACUACUAGAGCAUGAAGCCCAAUCCGUUGCUCAUCAGAUAUUAGACGGAUUGAAGAGUAUGCACGACCACGGCUUCGUUCAUCGUGAUCUGAAGCCACAAAAUGUUCUGAUCAAAGAGCGCAGCCCUAACUGGUGGGUCAAGCUUGGCGAUUUUGGGGUCAGCAAGCGUAUGCAGGACGCGGCUUCACUCAGUACAUAUACUGGUACAGAUGGCUUCAUGGCACCCGAAGUCAUCAUGAGAAAAGGUCACGUUAAUUGGAAGAUCCUCGCUGGACGCAAAUCAUACACGGAUGCAGUAGAUAUAUGGGCUUUGGGUGCACUAGUUUUCCAGGCUCUCACUGGCAGCGAGCCUUUCGCAAAAGAUCUGGGGUCCUACGUCGAGGGGAAAACGCCUUUCCCUUAUCAAGUGCUGCAAGCGCAAAGUAUCUCACGGAAAGGAUGCGACUUACUGGAGAGACUUUUGCAAGUCAUUCCUGAGAACCGUCCCACAGCAUCCGAAGCUCUCCAAGAUCCCUGGCUUAAAGCACAAGAGGCUACUCAAAGAGACUCGAUUGAAUCGCUGAGACCGGCUUCUACACUACACGAACAAGGCAAGAACGCGACUAACUUUCUCCGUAACAUGGCGCAGCAGACAGCAUCUACUGUCGCAUCUGCGGCAUCCCUGGCCUGGAGCGAUGCGGAAAGGUCUACUAUAGUGUUCAAAGCCCUCGACUCUGUCAGAACUGCAGCCAAAGAACGAUUUCCCACAUCUUCACGACGCGGUGCCGAUGCUGUAGAUCUAGAGUCACACGGAAAUGCUCUUGGUCUUACGACCCUAGUAGAACAACCAUCACCAUCUGCCAAUGACUCAUCUACCUUUGACCUACCGACUGAUCAUACGGUACAGAAGCAGGCUUCAGUGUCUCACGAAUCACUGGAUGGCUCAACUUUGAACCAAGCCAAUAGCUCAACGCUCUCAGGGAGAGUGGAAAGUGUGAAAAGUCCCAGAAGUUCGGAAGAAGAGCGCCGGUCCGGCAGCGCGACACCACCAUAUGGGCCGAGAUCAGUAACACUGUGCUCCGAUCUGGGCAGUACAGAGUCUCUACAAGAGACUGAAGAAUAUUUUGAUAGGCCGAUAACCGUCGAUGACUUUACUCUUUCUCCUGGCACAACCCUAUCAGAGGCAUCACCAUCACAGUCAACAUCAGACACCUCCCCAAGGGCGCCCAGCGGCCAUUGGACUAGGGCGAUGCCAUUCUCUCAGCUGUCUUUAGACAGUGCCAGUGCAAGCCCCAUGAGUCCGGCGUGGUCAAAAGAUUCUUCCAUCGUUCGUGAGAAAGGCUGCACGAUCAGGCCUCUCGAACUACCAAGCGACCUUAUGCAUACGCUGGAGCCCGAUGCAUAUGUCAUUAUCGUACCAGGCUUGGGUGAUCCUCCUGCCGAGAUCUGGAGUAGAGACGGCUUCCACGAUGAGCCACUUGUGCGCGACCUCACCAAGCACUACAUGAACAUACAAGUCCUUGCCCUCGAACACGGCUUACCAGUCAAUGGAAAAGACUUCAACCGCUGGAACCAAGUCAGGGAUAGUUCACACACGAUGAUGCAGCAGCUCCAUGAAUAUCGCGAGCGGACUAAUUUCUUCUGGAAGUCUAGUAGCCUUGAGCUCCGAAGCUUCCCGGCCCAGUGGCAUAAGGAUCUCGUCAACAAUACAGUCGGAAUCGUCUUUCUUGGAACACCCCAUCCUACGGACGAGAACAAGGCAGAUCAUGAGAAUAUGCUGGGUAUCAUUACAAGACCGCCUACAUCCAGAAGGUCAAAAACCAUCGACAGGAAGCUCAUGGACCUGGAACUCCAAACCAGAUAUGUGUGCUCACUCUCCAACGAAUUCGAGAAGUACAUCCGCGAGUCCCUUCCGAACUUUCCCAUCUUGUCAAUCUGGGAUGGUCGAGAGAGCAAAGCAAUGCGCGUGGAAGAGACGAAGUUGCUUGGGCGUAGAUGGAGACCAGGGAAAUACGUGAUUGUUACCUACGAACUAGCCAAGAUUGGCUUGCCAAACGAACAGAUGAUGGUGGCUGAUUGCGAUCACUAUGAGUUGUGCACACAUUACAAUCCCGAGUUUCGACAAAAGAUCAUCGGCUUCUGUCAUGAGAAGCUCCUGGAAGCACAUGGCAGAAUGCUAGGGAGGCCAGAAAGUUCAUCCAUCGCUUCAAGCAACGUCUUGGGCGAAGGCUCGAAUGUGCCUUCGCCAUGGUAG